CACAAACCCGCCUCAGCCUUGAAGACCAUUCCACUCGUCUGGCCCUUCGCUGUUUGGGGGUUAGAUAUGGCUGGACCACUAAGAACUGGCAGGAGUGGCUUCACUCACUUGCUAGUAGCAGUCGACAAGUUUACCACAUGGAUUGAAGCUAAGCCUAUAAAGAAUCUGGAUGCUGGCACUGCUAUCAGCUUCAUCAGAGAGUUGGUAUUAAGAUAUGGAGUUCCACAUAGCAUCAUCACUGAUAAUGGGUCAAACUUCGAUUCUGAAGAAUUCAGAGCCUUUUGCGUAUCUCAAGGCACACGAGUCGACUAUGCUUCAGUCGCUCACCCCCAGUCGAAUGGACAAGCCGAACGAGCAAAUGGUCUAAUUCUCAAGGGAUUGAAACCCCGACUGAUGCGCAAUCUCAAGCACGCGGCAGGUGCAUGGGUCGACGAACUUCCGUCAGUACUUUGGGGAUUAAGGACCACUCCUAAUUGGUCGACUGGGAGAACUCCGUUCUUCUUGGUCUACGGAGCUGAAGCAGUCUUGCCGAGUGACCUGCUUCACAAUGCACCUCGAGUCGAACUCUACACUGAAGAUGAAGCAGAGCAAGCCCGACAGGACGCAGUCGACCUUCUAGAAGAAGAAAGAGAGAUGGCCAUGAUCCGAUCGACCAUCUAUCAACAGGACUUGUGUCGCUUCCAUGCUAGAAACGUGAAGAGUCGAGCCUUCCAAGAAGAAGAUUUGGUUCUCCGAGUGGAUCAGCAGAAGCCACACAAGCUUGUCGACUGGGCUUACCACCUCAAAGCUGCGUCUCAAGCAUUAAAAUAUAUUCUGAGUGAAGAAGAAAAUUCGCUCGAGGGCAAAUGCAAGCAUAUUCAACGAUAA